AUGUCCACAGAUUACGCGACCUUGUGUCAUUCUCCAACAUUAGCCGGGACGCCCACUAUGACAUCGCGCGGAAGGCCUCCACCAUCGCCUGACGCGAUCGCAGCAGCGAAUGCAGCAGCGGCAACGUCUGCUCUGCCUGCGCCUUCAAAUUCCGCGUCAUUUGAGCCCUCAAGCUUUUUCCAGCGGUCUCUGGAAGCCCAGCACAGCUUCGCCGAGUCCGAUGACUUGUGGAGCGAACGAAGCAACCCGAGUAUCAGCAGCUACAACAGCAGCACGCGCGAACUGCAUCGCCAUGUCAUUGCCAACACCUUUUUUGGACCCAUGUCCAACGCUACGGGUGCGAUCAUCGAGACAGACGACGAGCAGGAGCCCACUAGUCAACGCAGCAUUGGUAGUACCAUGAGCAGUGACAGAGGCAACAGACGGAAACGAAGACGACAAGGCAGCGGAGAAGGGCUGCUCCGACGCGUAUUUAGACACAGAACAGCGUCCGAGUCGGCCUUGACCAGCGCUACAGAAGAAGAAGACGGGGUAGCGCAAACACGGGAACAGAGGAGAAGUUUGAGACAGCAAUUGUCGCUGCCCAUCGACUCCCCGAAUAGAGAGAACGAGACGCCCGUCGAAAAGGCGAGACGAAGAGAGAACCGCGUACUAUUUGAGGAGCUAGUGCACUUGGCCAACACGCACCAACCGGUACAGUUUGACGCCUUUAAACAGAGGUCAUUGAGGAAGAAUGGCCGGUCAAGAAGCGGUAACAAGUCGCUGAGUGCUCAGCUUCGACGCUCAGGGUCAGCGGAGACACACGAUGUGUCAGAAUUCAGCUCAUCGGAUAGUGAGACGAGCGACGAAGAGAUGGAAGACGAGUUGAUCAACACAGAGCUGUUGGAGGCCUAUAUUGCCUAUUCCAAGUCAAUUGGGCACGAACCAAAUAUCCAGCUGACCCCAGCCAUGAUCCCUCUUGGACGUGAUGACAAGCCUAGAGACAGUCACGUUGACAGAGACGACAGUGAGGAUGAAGAGCCGCACAUUGCCCCACGAGCGUCGUAUAUCCAGGAGCGACCUGUAGUCAAAGAGCACGAGCACGCGUGGACCGGAUUUUUGGGUACAAGAUACAGCAAGCGUCGAGGUUGUGUGCAGUUCUGGACGUGGCUGUUAAUUGGAGUUGGCGUUCUGCUAUGGCUGGGCAUUUCACUUUCUUCCUUGCAACUUAACGAGGUGUUGCAUCUGGACGCGUUCACCGUCCAGAACGUGCAAGUGACGCAGGAUUACACGUUCCUGCACUUUUUAGAAGAAGUCGACUUCCACCUCACAUACACGAUAGAAACACCCAGUCCAGACACACGCAGCAACCCGAACUCUUCGUAUUUUAACGCGCUGCUGCUUAACGAGUACGAGUACGAACACUACGUCGACGGUGAGCCGUAUGAGUUCAUCCCAGCAGGGUCGACACUGCGCACGACGUAUGCGUAUCUCGCGCACACGUAUAUCGACAAUACGAUCAAGGAGACCAUGUACUUCGUCGUGCAGCCGUGUCGUCUCGAGCGUAACCCAACAGCAGACUAUUGCCAACUCGGUCAACUGCCUUCGAGUGUGUAUUCCAGUGAGAAGAUCUACAAUCUGGACCAGAAGAAGAAAAUGGCCCAGAAAGAAGCGUGGGAAGCGUUCAACGUCACGUACAUGUCGGUGAACCCCAUGCCAGUGGCUUGCAGCUCGUCUGGAUGGCUCGGUGGCGGCUACUUGUUGCUGUUUUUGCCCUACGUGAUCAUCACUCUGUUUGGCCUACGCGUGUUCCAGAUGAUUGUUCAUUGCGAAAGUUGGCAGAAGAAUAUCGAGAGAAUUUACUCGCGAGAGCUGAAUGUGCCUGAGAACGAAGUGGACUAUUGGCAGCCCAUGCCCUGGGACCGUAAAGUGCCCAAGACGAAGCUCUGCGGACCGUGCUGUUGGACGAAAUUCCGUCGGCCUUUCGAGCCGUUCUACACGUGGUGGCGCCAUGAAAACUACUUCACGUGGAUCUUUUGCCCAUACCGCAACGAACGGCUUUCCCGCGGUGAACGGGCGUUAAUUGUGGUAUGUUCCCUCUACAUCACGUUCUACGUGCUGUUCAUCAUCGUCAUGCUGCGCGAUUCGUGGGGUGCGAACCUCACCAUCUUCACGUCCGUGGUGCUGUAUGCCAUCCUCAUCUCCAUCCUUCCGUCGGCUGGCAAGGCCAUCUUCAAGGAGCUCUUCAAGCUCAUUUUCCGCCAACGACGCAAAUAUUUCCGCGCCAAGGCCACAGGUGGCGGCGAUCUGAGCGGCUUUUCCUUCCGAUUGGCGUUUAUCUUGCAGGUGUUGGUCGUGGUCCUGCUGACGUUAGCUCAGGCGCCGAUCUUCUACAUUUGGGCCUAUCGCAGCUGCCUCUUCCUCAAGAAGUUCAUGUGGUUCGGCGUCUUGGCUGCGAUCAUGCGGAUGUCUCUGCUGGGCCUGGUGCUGGACUUUGCGUGGUAUCUGAUCAUCAAGACGUGGGGCUGGAAGGACCUGUGUCCGUAUUGCACCGAGCGGAUCAAACACUGCGACUGCUUUAACGAUGAGCUGCUGGUGCUUGCAGUGGAGCGUGUGGGGCCCAAAUGGGAACUGAUCCGAGUCUUGGAUGGCCUUAUAGCCAGGCAGCAUCACUAUGACCCCCAGUUUGAGCUCUAUACAGCCGAGCAACUACGUGAACGGUGGGAAGUGCUGGUGGAGCGAGCAGAGAAGCACAUGGACAAGAUGGAGAAGCUCUGUGCGUAUCAGGAGAAGAAGCGUCUCGAAGCGCUGCGUCACGACCGCGUACGUCGCAGUCUGACGAGCUUCUUGUCGUUCCAUGGCACGCAGUCGGAUCCGCCUGGAUCGGGCAAACAGUUGGGGGGCGAAGACGACACGACGCAGCGGAGAUCUUCGGACGUAGGCAGCACGAGUAGCAGCACUGAGGAGAACCGUGUUUGCGACUCGGUUGUGGAUAUCCACGUGUGUAGUCUGCGGGAGAAGAAGGUCUUGGAGCUCAACGACAAGAUCAAGCUGGACACGUUUGAGAAGCACUACGACUCGAACAUCUCGGAGGUUUUCCAUGCACUCACGCACUCUGUGCAGAAGCUGCGACGUCAUGGCAAGAGGAAGCGUCAGGCGAAGUCCAAGUCGACGAGUUCUGGUCUGGAACAGAUUCCGGAAGAGGAUCAGAGCGCGAAGGAGCAUGAAGACUCGAGAUCUCGCACGCAGAUUGAUAGCAAAAGCACCAAUGGCGAGACGAUGUGGGUGUUGGACACGCCGGCGCAGCGUCUCGAGCGACGGCAAGAAGAGAAAUUGCAGCGGAAACGAGCGUUCCGAGUGCUGAAUAAUUACAAGAUCGAGAGUGUGGAUCAUCUGGAUUCAGAGCCUGGAAGAGCUCCAGCUGCUUCGAUGUUGUCUCCAAUUCUGUCGCGUCAAGGCUCCAUGUCUGGUGCAGCGCCAUUGUCCACGAGUCGAGUCAGUCAAGACACGAAGAAGAGACCGUUGCUGUCGACUCGCCAUCGACCGAGCACACCUCGUAGUGAAGACCUGGUGGUUCUGGUGCCGGAUGGACAUCAAAGUAAGGAGAAGGACAAAGUGAACCUCGAUGAGCUGGCCAGUGGCUGUGUGGAGGACUACAACGACGAUGAAGACGACGAGUACCCGAGCGACUUGGAGCGUGGCGAGCGUCAACCUCUUUCCGGUGCGGACCAACCGCCAUCAAGCUCAACUCGUGUGUAUUCCGUCACGGAGCGGCCUCAGACUUUGCUCAGGCGUGUGUCUGCUUCAGCCUCCGCCUUUGCCGCCUGGGCACUCAACUACGACCCAAACGUAAAGUAUUAG